AGAAGGAGGCUGGUUCCUGUAUUUGCUGGACUGAUGCCUAGGAUGCAACUGCGUGAGCAGUUUACCUUCAGCACGUUUUCAAAAUAUGUAAAGUGAAAUAACUAGUUAACCAAUAUGUAACAGUGUAAGGAUGGAGUUUCUUUGUGCACGAAAAAAUGCAGCCUUACUCAGGCGUCAGCCUGCACUGGCAGAGAAGAUGACUCCGUUCAAGUCGGAAUAAAAUAUUGGCACUUUAUUCAAAUGUAGGAGGGGAAUUCAGUGAUCGGACAAUAUUUCCUGACACCUGUUAAGUUCCAAAAGAAGACAUAACCGUGUAAAAACAUCAAUGUUUGAGCGGUGAAACCCGUCAGCAACGCCGCGGGGAUAAGGUCUUAUGAACACUGGAACGUGAUCGCGAUGGAUCACUUUUUGUCUAUAAACGAAUCCUUAAGUAACACAACUUUUGGCAACGGAACUGGAGGCAAUGGAACCCUGAACCCUUUGAAACGCAACGAAGAAGUGGCCAAAGUAGAGGUGACAGUACUAGCCCUGGUGUUGUUUCUGGCUCUGGCUGGCAACUUGUGCGUCUUACUCGCUAUCCACACGACCAAGCACAGCCAGUCUCGAAUGUACUAUUUUAUGAAGCACCUCAGUAUAGCGGAUCUAGUGGUGGCAAUAUUUCAGGUCUUGCCACAACUCAUUUGGGAUAUCACAUUUAGGUUUUACGGACCAGACAUUCUGUGCAGGUUGGUGAAGUACAUGCAAAUCGUUGGAAUGUUUGCCUCAACCUACAUGCUUGUUUUGAUGUCAAUAGACAGGUGCUUAGCGAUCUGCCAGCCACUGCGCUCCUUGCAUAGGAGAAAGGACCGCUUCUUUGUGAUUUCCUCCUGGGUACUCAGCCUCGUGUUCAGCAUCCCUCAGAUGUUUAUCUUCUCAAUGACGGAGGUUGGAUCCGGGGUGUAUGACUGCUGGGGGGACUUCGUGCUGCCCUGGGGUAUUAAAGCGUACGUGACGUGGAUUAGUCUCUCCAUCUACAUCAUUCCAGUGACCGUACUGAGUAUUUGCUAUGGACUGAUAAGCUUUAAAAUAUGGCAAAACUUUAAACUGAAAACCAAGAGAGAGCAGUGCAUUACGCUCACACCUAUGACUUCAAAAGGAACCGAGCUUUCGCGGGUGAGCAGUGUAAAUCUAAUCUCCAAAGCAAAGAUCACAACUGUGAAAAUGACUUUUGUGAUAGUCCUGGCAUAUAUCGUUUGCUGGACACCAUUUUUCUUCGUACAGAUGUGGUCAGCUUGGGAUCCUAACGCACCCAGAGAAGAGAUGCCCUUCAUUAUCUCUAUGCUGCUGGCCAGCCUGAACAGCUGCUGUAACCCCUGGAUCUACAUGUUUUUCGCUGGCCACCUGUUCCAUGACCUGAGGCAGCAUUUCCUGUGCUGCCCCGGGCCCUACCUGAAGUCGUACCAGGGCCACUGCGAGCGCGAGUCCAGCCGCAAGAGCAACUCCUCCACCUUCGCCAUGAAGAGUACCAGCAGCCAGAAGAGCAUCACACAGACCUCCUUCACAUGAGCCUCGCUACGGCCUGCGUACCCCCCCUUCCCGGUCCCCGAGCCGGCUUCCAGAACCUUCUCCUCCCCCUCCCUCCCUAAAGUGACCUCCACCACAUAAACCUCACAAACACCACACACCUUCGCUUCUUCACCAAAUUAUUUCACCACACGAAGCUCUUCUAGCACCAUAUCUCCUCAUUGCUUCACCAAAAAGACUUCUUUCACCACACGGAGCUCUUCUAGCACCGUACCUCCUCACUGCUUCAGCAAACAGACUUCCACCAGAGACCCUGCAGCCUGCAGUCUAAAGCCUGGCCUUCUGUCACUACUCUUUAAGCCUACUGUGCUUCAGCUGUCCAUCUCUGUGCCACCCUCUCUCAUCUUCCUGUGUGAAGGCUCACUCUCUAAUAUCACACUACUUUUUAUAUAUACCAUCUAGAAAAUAAUAAUGAGAAAUAUAUUUCAUAUAUUUGUGUACAUAGCUGUUGUACAUGGUGUAGAUGGCUAAAUUGUUUAUGAAACCAUUAUGAAGAACACAAACUUAGCUAGGUCUCGUUCGAAAUAUAGUUAUAUAUAGCACAGUAAACUAUUCAUUAUUUGGCUGUGUUUUUGUAGAUUUAUUUCUGGAAGUGUUAAAAAGGUGGGCACACAAAUAACAUGAAUAUUCAGACAUUACACAAUGCUUUACUCAAGGAGCAGGUCACAUAUUGUUGCUGUUGUAUUGACCAUGGGUUUGUGUACCAGUGUAGAGGGAAACAUUCAUGAUGAUAGUGGUCAUCUGAAAAAUAGGAAAAUAUUUAAAUAAAGGAAAAUGGCUGCUGCUGUCCAGAUUUGAAGGUACUUCAUUUGUAACUGCAGUCUGUAGUUGGAUCUUCUUGUUCCUGUUGUCCAUGGAUUAGAUCAUAUGGAUUUACCACUUUUAAUGUACAUUUUAGGAUACAUUUCACUGCAGGGUCAUUGCAAGAUAAAAUUGUUUACCGCAUUUUUUAUGUUUUCUUGUCUUUAUAUUAAACAGUCAAAAGGUUUCAUUUUCCUUUUAUUCAAACAGUUCUUUGGGUGUGGAUAUAAAAAUUGUAAUUAAAAAAAAGAAAUAUAUGUAGAACAUAAUUCCACAAUAUAGCCUUUUUUACAUUCAGUAUGGCCACCAUAAGCCAUUAAAACAUAAUUGCAUACAGAAAACAUACAUCAAGCCAUAUGCAAUUGUAUGAUAAUUGAAAAACAUACAUAUGAAAUACAUGAGAAAAAGAAACAGGCAUUUGUUGAAUAGGAAUAUAGUGAUGCAUCCAUUAUAAAAACAUAAAUUACAGUAGAACAUAGACCAGGUGGCUGCCAUGUACUGAAGGCAAAUUUGCAGCUUUUAUGGUAAUAUUGUGAUUCCAUUAUUCCCAUGGGGUAACUUGAACUUUUCAACUUCCUUUGUGAAUAUCAAUUGUGGCAGUUGUAUUGUCUUUACAUAGGUCAGAUAGCCUUUAAGCCAUAUACAUAUAGCAGCUAUUUAUUGAAAAUAAAUAGUAUGUUAUGUUAAGAAUAAAUGAAUUAACUAUUUAAUAUUAAAACUGAGGCGACUCGAAAGUAA